GCCUGAUUCUCUUCUUUUCUUCUCUCUUGGGAGAAGGCAACUUCUACCCGUCGACCAUACGUUUCAAUUCCACCUAAACAGACGUCGACUAUCUCUUUAUUAUACCCCAGUCUCAUCACUUCUCGUUCAUUUAACUUUCCCCGCAUCACCAUGUCGUUCCCAAAAAGCGAUGCGGUUUUGGAUUCUUCCAAGGCCCUGGAGGUCCUGAAGAACGAGUACAAGGAGCUCGAUGGCCUCGAUGCUGAGAGUCUGCUUGACUCCCACAAGAAUGGAGGCCUCACGUAUAACGAUUUUCUUAUUCUCCCCGGUUACAUUGGAUUCCCCGCCUCAGAAGUGUCUCUUGAGUCACGCGUUACCAAGAAAAUCACCCUGAAGACUCCUUUCGUCUCUUCUCCCAUGGACACCGUUACUGAGCACGAGAUGGCCAUCGCCAUGGCGCUCCAGGGUGGCCUCGGUGUCAUCCACCACAACUGCUCUCCUGACGAACAGGCCGAGAUGGUCCAGAAGGUCAAGCGUUACGAGAACGGCUUCAUCCUCGACCCAGUUGUGCUCCGCAAGGACCAGACUGUUGAGGAGGUCAAGGCCCUGAAGGAGAGAUGGGGAUUCGGUGGUUUCCCAGUUACUGAGGACGGAAAUCUCGGCUCCAAGCUCGUUGGUAUUGUCACGAACAGAGACAUCCAAUUCGAAGAAGACACCAAGAAGCCAGUUUCAUCUGUCAUGGUCACCGAUCUUAUCACUGCUGCCAAGGGCACCUCCCUCGCCGAGGCCAACGCCAUCCUGGCGCAGUCCAAGAAGGGAAAGCUCCCAAUCGUUGACAAGGCCGGCAACCUGGUUUCCAUGGUGUCUCGUUCCGAUCUCACCAAGAACCUCCACUUCCCCAACUCCUCGAAGCUCCCAGACUCCAAGCAGCUGAUCUGCGCGGCUGCCAUUGGUACUCGUCCCGCCGACAAGGACCGCUUGGAGAAGCUCGCUGAGGCCGGCCUCGACAUCGUUAUCUUGGAUAGCUCCCAGGGUAACAGCAUGUACCAGGUCGAGAUGAUUAAGUUCGUCAAGGAGAAGUACCCUGGUAUCGAGGUUAUCGGCGGAAACGUCGUUACCCGCGAGCAGGCUGCCACUCUCAUCGCUGCCGGAGUUGAUGGUCUCCGCAUCGGCAUGGGCAGUGGUUCCGCCUGUAUCACCCAGGAAGUCAUGGCUGUUGGCCGUCCCCAGGCCGCAGCUGUCUACAACGUCGCCACGUUCGCUGCUCGCUUCGGCGUCCCAUGUAUGGCUGACGGUGGCAUCCAAAACGUUGGCCACAUCGUCAAGGGUCUCGCUCUUGGUGCCACUACCAUCAUGAUGGGUGGUCUCCUUGCUGGUACCUCCGAGUCCCCAGGAACUUCCUUCGUUUCCCGCGAGGGCAAGCUCGUCAAGGCUUACCGUGGCAUGGGCUCCAUCGAUGCUAUGCAAGACAAGAAGGCCGGUGCCGGUACUGCCAACAGCCAGGCUAGCAACGCUGGCACUGCCCGCUACUUCUCCGAGGGUGACAGCGUCCUUGUCGCCCAGGGUGUUUCCGGCGCGGUUGCUCACCGUGGCCCGAUCACCAAGUUCGUCCCAUACCUGUCUGCCGGCUUGAAACACAGUUUGCAGGAUAUGGGCUCCAGGAGCUUGGCUGAGCUCCACGCCUCGGUUGCCGCUGGCACCACGCGCUUCGAACUCCGCUCUGCCAGUGCCCAGGUUGAGGGUGGCAUCCACAUGGAGAGCUACGAGAAGAAGCUUUACGCUUAAACGCAUAUUGAAUGAUUCUUUACGGCAGAGGCCUUAACUGGUCUCUGCUAUGACGACGAAGAUGGAACGAUGAGAAAACGUUGGUAAUUUGGAUGGCGCGUGGUUAGGAAAAAUAAAUAACGUACACAAAAUAUGGGUAUUUUGGCGCGUUGAUGAGAAGUUGCGUAGUAGCAAAGCAAUGACAUAAACAUGAA